AUCCGCCCAAACAUCAUCAGUGAUGCAGCGGGUUGUGCUCCUCUUCCGCGGUCAGCCACGGAGACGACCGACGAUUCAACGAGCAACAACUGCACAGCUGUGACCGUCUGCCUCACGGCUGCCCCUAACUGCACGUCGUAUUCUCGGACUCCGUAUCUCCGACUAAAUAUUCCGUCUACUAGCCAUCCAGAUCGGAAUCUGCAAUAUGGUUUACAUCACUUCUUGGGAUGAGUUCGCCGAAAAAUCUAUUCAGCUAUUUCGGCUUGAUCCUGAACAGACGCGGUAUGUUAUGAAAUACCGGCAUUCUGAUGGUAAAUUGGUUCUCAAAGUGACUGACAAUAAAGAGUGUAUAAAGUUCAAGACCGACCAAGCUCAGGAUGCGAAGAAAAUGGAGAAGCUAAAUAAUAUACUAUUCACUCUAAUGGCUCGUGGACCUGAUGCGGAUAUAUCAGAUGCAGGUGGAAAGGACCAGCAAGAGAAUCAGCCUGCCAAGAGAGGGAGGGGAAGGAAACAAUAGCUACCAUCAUUUUUGCAAACACUUAUAUACUAGGUACCUGAAAACCCAGUGUUAUCUAUUUUCACCAACCUCAUUAUUCUUGCAUUGAUCCACCCCCAAAUGUUGCUACAAAUUGAUGCUUUGUCGAAUGUGAACUUGUUAUAUAUUGAGGGCUUCUGUUUAUUUUCUUUUAAUAUUACAUCAUCUUCCAAAUGUAGCU